UGUCCUGGUACUCUCCAGUUGGCAUUGCCUCCCUCAUCUGUGGUAAAAUAGCUGCCAUCGGUGAUCUGGAAGUGGUGGCGAGACAGCUGGGCAUGUACAUGGUCACAGUCAUCGUCGGACUCAUCAUUCAUGGCGGACUUAUCCUGCCAGUCAUAUUCUUCGCCGUGACUCGGAAAAAUCCCUUCAUGUUUUACUCUGGUAUCUUCCAGGCUUGGAUCACUGCUCUGGGAACGGCCAGCAGUGCUGGGACGUUGCCAGUGACAUUUCGUUGUCUGGAGGAGAAUCUGAAGAUUGAUAAGCGUGUGACUCGUUUUGUGUUGCCCAUUGGAGCCACCAUAAACAUGGAUGGCACUGCACUCUAUGAGGCCGUGGCAGCCAUUUUCAUCGCCCAGAUGAACGACAUUGCCUUAGAUGGAGGACAAAUCAUUACUGUUAGUAUGACAGCGACUUUAGCCAGUGUUGGAGCGGCCAGUAUUCCCAGUGCAGGUUUGGUCACCAUGCUGCUGAUCCUGACCGCUGUGGGCCUUCCAACUCAAGACAUAAGCCUUCUCGUCGCUGUCGACUGGCUCCUCGACAGAAUGCGCACCUCCAUUAACGUGGUUGGCGACUCUUUCGGGGCGGGCAUUGUGGACCACCUAUCACGGGCAGAGCUUGCCGUGAUUGACGGGGACAUCCCUCUAUCAGACGAGGAGUUUGUUCCACCUCCGCCACUCCUUACUGAAAUAGACCUCAUAGACCCUCUCAAACCGCCCGAACUGCCCCCUCGCUCCCCGCGACCCCCCAAGCUUAACCAUCAUGCCCCAUCUCUGACCCCUUCGCAGUCUCAGUCUCACUCCAUCCCGCAUUCGCCCCGUUCGGUCCGCUCUCCAUCCCCUCACUCCAUACGCUCGCCCUCCCCACGCUCCGUCUGCUCUCACUCCCCGAGGCCUUUCCGGACGCAUUCCCCUCGCCUUUUACGCAGGAUGGAGCCUGGAUACUGCGCCCUGCCCACUCACGACAACCAGAUUACCACACUUCCCAGAGGUUUUCGGGAGAGAGGCAGAGACAGGGAAAGAGACAGGGAAAGAGACAGAGAAAGAGACAGAGAAAGAGAGAGACUGAGGGAACGGGAACGAGAUAAAGGAAGCGAGACCGAAGAAGACGAGGAGAAGGAGAAGAUGGUGGACGAGGCGAGCGACGGAGAGGAAAGUGACGACACAGCGUACGACAGACGCCACACUAUCCCACCAUGUGAUCUGCCCUAAAGAGGAGCAGAUUGCGG